AUGAGAACUGAAGAUGAAAGAGAAUUUGCAAAUUGGUUGUUGCAACUCGGCGAUGGUAAAUUGUCAAAUAUGGAUGAAUUAAAUCCUGAUACAAUAGAAAUUCCUCAGGAUUUUAUAUCAGAACAAUCUCUUAUAACUGAGAUUUGUGGAGAUAGAAUCACUAUGGAACAGGUUCGACAAAAUCAAGAUCGAGCAAUUCUUUGUCCUAAGAAUGAGGAUACGUUUAAAAUUAAUGACGAAAUCCUUCGUUUAAUGGAAGGAGAUGAAAAGGAGUAUCUCUCAAUUGACUCUAUUAUGAGUGAUGAUCCACAGGAACAAUUGAAUUUUCCGACUGAGUUUUUAAACUCUCUGACACGCUCUGGAAUGCCAGUUCAUCGACUAAAAAUAAAAAUAGGUGCAACAAUUAUUCUAUUAAGGAAUUUUAAUACGAAGAAAGGACUAUGCAAUGGCACGAGAUUCAUUGUAAUUGAUUUAAAAUCUAAUUUGAUUCAUGCGGAGGUUCUGACUGGCCCUGCAAGAGGUCAAACUGUUUUCCUCCCAAGGAUUAAUUUCCUUCCAAAUGACUCGGAAAUUCCGUUUAAGCUCAAAAGGAGACAGUUUCCUAUUAGAGUGUCAUUUGCUAUGACAAUCAAUAAAUCACAGGGACAAACUUUACAAAAAGUUGGGAUUUAUUUGCAAAAUCCCGUAUUUGCACAUGGACAACUGUAUGUAGCAUUUUCUAGAGCAACGAAAAGAGAUAAUGUCAAAGUUAAGGUCGUUGAGGACAAAAAUCAAGGACAUCUCAUUGAGGGAAAUUCAAAAAUAUUUACGAAAAAUGUUGUAUACCGAGAAAUUUUAUAA